GUUCUGCCACCAGCUGGAUUUCUCCACCAGCGGGGCUCUGUGUGUGGCACUCAACAAAGCGGCGGCGGGAAGUGCCUACAAGUGCUUCAAGGAGCGCCUGGUGACCAAAGCCUACCUGGCCCUGGUGAGGGGACACGUGAGCCAGAGCCGGAUGUCGAUCCGCUACGCCAUCGGGAAGAACACCACGGAGGGCAUGACCCACAUGAUGUGCAUUGAGGGCACAGAGGGCUGUGAGAAUCCCAAGCCGUGCCAGUCGGAGCUGAUCGUGCUGGAACAUGGAUCCUACAGUGGAGACCCCGUCACCAAAGUGCUGCUGCAGCCGCUGACAGGGAGGACUCACCAGCUCCGGGUUCACUGCAGCGCCAUCGGCCACCCCAUCGUGGGGGACUUCACCUACAGCCACCGGCAGGACAGCAAUCCCUACAGGAUGAUGCUCCACGCCUACUACCUGCGCAUCCCCACGGGCAAGGAGCUGAUCGAGGUGUGCGCGCCCGACCCCUUCGUCACCGCCAUGGACAGCAACUGGGUGCCCCAGCACGUCACCCAGCGGCUGGAGGAUGUCAUCCAGGAGCUCAAGGACAAGGGGACACACAAGGAGGAGGAGGAGGAGGAGGAGGAGAGCCAGGAAGCUGCCAGAGAGGAGGGAGCAGGGGGGGAAGGCAGCAGGGAGGAGACAGAGGAGCAGCGGGUGCAGUGUGAGCAGUGGCUGGCUGAGUGGGCUCUGGAGUGAGCACAAAGCACCUCCCUGCAUCUCCAGCUCCAGCCUUGUCCCAGCGGGUCCCCACGGAGCCCGGCGCUGCCUCCACACCUGCACUCCCUCUGUGGCUUCCCUCGCUCCUGGGGCUGGCACCAGGUGGAUUUUAGGAGGGGUUGAGGUGGGGUUAUUUUGUGAUGUCCAUCAUCCAUCUGGUCAUGGGAUGUCCCUUUCCCAAUUCUGAGCCUCAGCAGCAGAGUGUGUCACACUCCAGCUUAGAGUGACCCCAGAGCUUUCCUUGCCUGUCCUGGCGCUCGGGCACAGCUGGGCACUGCCUUUGCCUUGGACAUUACCACAACCUUUCCAUGCUUGGAUGCAGAAUUGGAGCCCAGCAUAGGGAGGGGAGAAGGUGCUGCUCCAGUGUCCCUGUCCCCCAUUCCCUCACUCCAGCUGCUGGGCCAUGACUGGGGCCUGGAGCACAUUCUGGGGACACUGAGAGUCCCCCAGUCCCAGGGUGUCCUGUGAAACUGGACUGGGAUGGGCAUGGAAAGGUCCCUGCUCCUUGCCCCCUCCCUCCCUCAUCCCACCUGGGCGGUUUUUAAAGGUUUGGUGAAGGUGAAGGAGUUGAUACCGAUGGAUUUUAAACUUUUUUCAAUUUUCUAGGAAGAGAAUCUAGUCUUUUAGGGUUUGUAAAAUACGGGUGGUCUCAGGAAUGAGGUAUUUUUAGUACUUCUGUGGUCAGAGAGCCAGCAGCCCAAAGCUUUUUUAAUGGAUUUUAUUAUUCCUUCUUCUAGCACUGCCUUUCCUGCUUUUAUCCCUGCUUCAGGUCAGAGGACACAAGUCCCUUUCUGCUCACCCACCUGAGGAGGGACCAGUGUCCUGUGUAGGUCCCAUGGGGUGGUUCCUGCCUGGCAGGUUUCCAGAGGGUCCUGCAGGCAGGUCCUUCAGCUGGGCAGUUUGGGAAAGCUCUGCAACAGUAAGAAAAGGACAAAGGUGAAAGAAAGGCUGAGAACUGAUGGGAAGAGCAGGCAGGAGCUCAGCUUUGACAGAUGCCAAGAAAUUUCCUCGUAAGUGCCCUUGCUUUGCUGGUCAUCCUGCUUCGCUUUCCCCUUCCCUGCUCAUCCUCUGCUGCCCGUGGGGGACAUUUGGAAAUGAGGAGAACAGGACAGCUGGAGACACACAGCCCCAUCCCAGGGCUUUCAAGCACCACUUCAGCACGUACCCAGAGUUGUUGUCACCUCACCAGCCCCAUCCCGUUGAAAACACACAUGAUGGGGUUCACACAGCUGAUAUUCCCACCCCGAGGGGG